AUGGCGCUCGCUAAGCUUGCCCAGUUCUACCGGUCAUGCCUGUUCCAAAUCAUCAUCGUCGGACUCGUGGCAUUCUGCGAGCCAGGCAUCUGGACGGCGCUGAAUAACCUGGGGGCCGGAGGAAACGCAAAGCCGUUCCUGAAUAAUGCCGCGAAUGCCCUCACAUACGGACUCAUGUCCGUGGGCUGCUUCAUAGCCGGCGGUGUCACGAACAAGCUCACAGCCAAGUGGACCUUGUUCAUCGGCGCAGCCUUCUACACGCCCUACGCAGCCGGCCUCUACUGCAACAACCGCUACGGAAACGAGUGGUUUCUGUUGCUCGGCGCGGCCUUGUGCGGCAUAGGGGCUAGUUUACUAUGGGCGUCGGAGGCGAGCAUUGCCGUCGGAUAUCCCGAGGCGGAGAAGCGAGGCCGAUAUGUUGGUAUCUGGAUGGGUAUCCGCCAGAUGGGCCCCCUCGUCGGCGGUGCAAUCUCUCUGGCGCUGAACAUCAAGACAUCUGAGAAGGGCAAGGUGACAUACACGACCUACCUGGGCCUCGUUGCCAUCUCAUCCCUGGGUGCCCCGUUCGCGCUGCUGCUCUCCCAGCCGCAAAAGGUCGUCAGAACAGACGGCACGAAGAUUCCAUACAUGAAGCAGACCAACUUCGCCACCGAAGCCCGCGCGAUCUGGAAGCAGCUGAGAAACAAGUACAUGCUGCUGCUCAUCCCCGUCUUCCUGGCAGGGCAGUUCGGCACCACAUACCAAGGCAACUACCUCACAACCUACUUCACCGUCCGCUCCCGCGCCCUCGCCUCCUUCCUCACAGCCGUCGUCGGCGCCGCCGCCAACCUCAUCACCGGCGCCAUCCUCGACGUCAAAAGCCUCGAGCGCUCCGCAAAGUCCAAGGCCGUCUACCUCGUCAUCCUCGUCUUCGUCACCGCCGCCUGGAUCUGGAACGCCGUCAUCGAGACGCGCCUCUCCUCGAUGGCGGACCCGCCGUCCUUCGACCUCGGGGACGGUGCCUUCUUCAACUCCGCCUUCACGGUGUACAUGUUCUUCAAGUUCUUCUACGAGAUGCUGCAGACGUACAUCUACUGGCUCAUGGCCGAGAUCAAGGGCGCGCAGGGCGACGGCGACAUCGCGCGCACGACGGGCAUCCUGCGCUCGUGGGAGAGCAUCGGGAGCACAAUUGCCUAUGCGGUGGGCGCGACGCACUGGCCGAACAAGAACCAGAUGAUUCUGGGGUUUACGCUGUGGGGCGUCACGAUCCCGUUCACGCUGCUUGCGGUGUUUGGGAACUGGAACACGAGCGGGGAGGAGGUGCAGGAGGUGAUUGAGAACUCGGAUGGGACGGAGAGUGAGAUUGGGGUGGAGAGGGUUACGGUGCAGGGUAAGAGGGAAGAGGUGUGA